UUGACUUGGGUUUGAACUUCGAACUUCUCUAUAAAACCCACCGAGUUACAACUCAUUUUCCUCUCUUUCAAAUUGUUGAAAUAUACAGAACUUAAUCAAGAAUCACUAAAAUGGUGCACACAAGGUUUAUUACAUCACUUCUUGGACUUCUCUUUGUCUUAAAUACCCUUAAAGACUACUCUUAUUAUGCACAUGCUCAUCAAGAUUCAGAAAGGGAGAAACAUAAGCUAUUGAUGGAUGAAGAUAGUGUUAUUACUGCUCACAAGGGAUUAUUUCUUGAUGGUUUGGCUGCUGAAAGAGCAAGAAAAUUUGUGUUUGGAGGAAGAAAAAUGGUGGUUGAACAUGAAGUGAUGAUGAGGAGAAAAAUUGGUGAAAAGGAUGAAAUUUCAGUUGCAGGAUAUGAAAAGAACGCUUUGAUGAAAAGAUCAUUCCACCAAAAUUUUAAUCCCCAGCAGGAGAAGAUGAAUAAUAGGAAUAAUUUGGGAGGUUCAAGAAGUGAGGAAGAAGUGAAAUUUUCAGACACAAACCCUAACAAAUUUCGAGCAACUACUCCAAAAAGUGACACACAAAGGCUUGUUGAGGCAACAAGAGAGAUUGUGAAUUUAAUGAACAAAGAUUACAAAGGAACGGACAGACCUCGCCGCAAGCCACCAAUCAACAAUCAUAUUCCUAUUCAUUAGACAUUAAUAAAUUAUGUUGUUUAUUACAUGUUUUAGCUUAAAACCCUAAUCAAUAGUCAUAGUUUUUGGCUCACAAUUUUGCCCCCAAACAUAGGAAGUGAAGUCCCUUGAAACUCCAUGUAGGAUAUAUAUACUAUAGAACUACUUUGAUUUUGUUUUUUAAGUAUGUCAUAGGACAAGAAAAGGUUAUGUUUUU